CGCGGCUAGUGCCGGUGCUGAGGAGAGUGGCUGCCGCCAUGAUAGAACAGCAGAAGCGAAAGGGCCCAGAGUUACCCCUGGUUCCAGUCAAGCGGCAGCGGCAUGACUUGCUGUUGGGAGCGGCGGGGUCGGGCCCCGGAGCUGGACAGCAGCAAGGAGCUUUGCUGCAAGCGGGGCCUCCAAGGUGUUCCUCCCUUCAAGCCCCAAUCAUGCUGCUGUCAGGACAUGAAGGAGAAGUGUAUUGUUGCAAGUUUCACCCCAAUGGAUCCACCUUAGCAUCUGCAGGAUUUGACCGACUGAUAUUGUUAUGGAAUGUCUAUGGUGACUGUGAUAACUAUGCUACAUUGAAGGGACACAGUGGAGCCGUGAUGGAACUGCAUUAUAACACAGAUGGCAGUAUGCUCUUCUCAGCAUCCACAGAUAAAACUGUAGCUGUGUGGGACAGUGAGACAGGCGAGAGGGUUAAAAGACUGAAGGGACAUACUUCCUUUGUGAAUUCCUGUUAUCCAGCCAGGAGGGGUCCCCAGCUUGUCUGCACUGGCAGUGACGAUGGUACAGUUAAGCUUUGGGACAUCCGUAAGAAAGCAGCCAUCCAGACAUUUCAGAACACCUACCAGGUGCUAGCUGUGACCUUCAAUGACACAAGUGAUCAGAUUAUUUCUGGUGGCAUAGACAAUGAUAUCAAGGUCUGGGACCUGCGCCAAAACAAGUUAACCUACACCAUGAGAGGCCAUGCAGAUUCAGUGACUGGCCUGAGUUUAAGUUCUGAAGGUUCUUAUCUUUUGUCCAAUGCAAUGGACAAUACAGUGCGUGUCUGGGAUGUCCGGCCAUUUGCCCCCAAAGAGAGAUGUGUGAAAAUAUUUCAAGGAAAUGUGCACAAUUUUGAAAAGAAUCUUCUUAGAUGUUCUUGGUCACCUGAUGGAAGCAAAAUAGCAGCUGGCUCAGCGGACAGGUUUGUGUAUGUGUGGGAUACCACAAGCAGAAGAAUUCUGUAUAAGCUGCCUGGCCAUGCUGGCUCCAUCAAUGAAGUGGCUUUCCACCCUGAUGAGCCCAUCAUUCUCUCAGCAUCCAGCGACAAGAGACUGUAUAUGGGGGAGAUUCAGUGAAGAUACGGAAUGGAAGACUCCAAGGCGGCUUGACCUUAAGACCUCAGACUGUAUAAGUGGCAUCAAAUGGUGCCCAGGCCAGCAUCCUCCCUUCAGACGAAGACUGUUAC